AUGGGUAAGUUGGAUCGUUUUGGGCGUGAUAUUCUAGAAGCAUCCAGGCAAGAUUUUGUAGGCCCUGCGGGGAAUCAAGAGGUUCUUGUGAAUCAAGUGUGCGCACCUUCCAACCAUGCGGCAGACCACGUUCUGGACAGAUUAGUCAGUGACACGGAUGUUCCGGCUCACUUGAUCACUCGCGUCUACUCCAGAUUCAUUGAGCGGGCUUACGGCAGCCUGUACAAAGGUGGCGCGUGGAAGGCGGAGUAUUCCUUCGAGAUUCAGCCUCAUUUGGAAGAGCAUUCGCUGCACUGGAAGGUGCACGGCACGAGUCAAUUGAGGAUGGCCCCGCCGGCGCACGGCCACCAAAAAGCCUAUGACAAGGCAUACGUGGAAGCAGAGACAAGAGUCCUCAAUCAGAGCAAGAUUGUGAUUACUACUUGUGCGAAUGCCUACCUGCACUCCGCUUUGAUGCAAGAAGAGAAGCAGCAAAUUCUCCGACCAGUGAAGUUCGACACCAUCGUCAUAGACGAGGCUGCCCAGGCCCCAGAGCCUGAUGUUGUGCUGCCGUCGGCCUGCGCUACAACUCGGGUCGUGGUCGUAGGUGACCACAAGCAGCUUGGACCCGUGGUGCCAGAGCGGAACUUGUGCUCGCCUUACGUCAACAUCCUGAAGAUGCCAUUCCUAGAGCGCAUGCUCAAGAACCCACGCCGCUGGGAGGCCAGCACUAUGCUGAACAUGCAGUACCGCAUGCACCCGUCCAUCCGCAGCUUCCCAUCGUCGCAGUUCUACGACUCCAAGCUGGAAGAUCGAGUGGCCAUCCCUCACCGCCCUGAGCUGAAUCGCAUCUGGCCGGAGGCGAAAGAGCAUAGGCGGUUCAUCGACUGCCGAACGCCGCAGUCGAUGGGUCUGUCGCCUGAGCUCACUCGGACAUGCGACGCAGCCCUUACUGAGAACAAGACUUCGCUCAAGAACGUUGGCGAGGCCAAGGUUGCUGCAGGGCUGUGUUCCCUACUUCUCAAGCAAGGGCGCUGUGAAGCGAGGGACAUCGCCAUCAUCACGCCAUAUCGGGCCCAGCAGUACGAGAUCCGUGGCAGGUUGCAAAAGGACAUCCCAGGCUCCAAGCACAUACUGGUGGGCACCGUCCACUCCUUGCAGGGCUCAGAACGCGAGUUCAUCAUUAUCAGCUUCGUGCGCAGCAUCUCCGAUGAUGUGCAGGACAUCGCUCCAUCCGAGGAGGCCACCUCCAUGGGAGACUCGCUUGCCUUGAGGGAGAUGCGAAAAACAAGACUCGGCAUCUUAGAAGACAGCCGGCUGCUCAACGUGGCCCUCACCCGUGCCAAAUAUGGCCUGGUCUGCAUUGGCAACUCGGAGGUUCUGAGCAAUGGAUCCAAGGACUACUACGACUUGAUCCAGGAUUUGAAGCGGCGUGGCUGCCUGGUCAGUCGCGAGGACUUCCUGCAGAACGGCCGGAGUUCUCAACGACUGAUCCGGCACAAGCCCCGGAGGUGUCUGAAUGCUUGA